AUACAAGUUUAGUUUAAUCCUUCCCCAAUCUCUUCUCCCAUGCACUGUUUUCUACACCCUGCCGAUUUCGACUCCAUCAUCAGUUCUCACCCUCGCACCUUCACUCAUUCUCUUCCUCAGCUAUACUCUCCCUGUAGAGCUGCAAUAAUGGCUUCCAAUUCUGCAAACCGAGAUUUACUAAGCCCUCACAACAACAACAACAACGCCACCACCAUCAGCAGGACCAGGCUCAUCUUUACUUAUGGCACGCUAAAGCGUGGAUUCUACAACCACAGGCUCAUGGAAAGCCUGAUUUCCACGGGCGACGCUUCUUUUAUCGGGGAAUGCACGACGAAGGAGUCUUUUCCGCUCGUCAUUGGACCCUACGGGAUCCCUUUUCUGAUUAAUCUUCUGGGUUCCGGUCACAGGAUCCCGGGCGAACUGUAUGCUGUGUCGGAUCGUGGGCUGGCCCGGCUGGAUGAGUUAGAAGGAAUUGAAACGGGUCAUUACGAGAGGCUGCCGGUGGAUGUAGUGUCUGGCGAUGGACAAGUGCUGGCGGUGGAGGGGUAUUUUGGUCACCGGAGUUUUGGGGAGGAGUUGUGGAGGAAGAAUGGGGAGAAGGGGUUGAGGGAGUUUGGCAAGGAGAUGGCGGAAAAGUACGUAGUUAGGGCUAAUAGGCCUUUGGGUUCUAAUUUUGUUGAUGAUGUUUGGAAAUUUAUUUCUGCCUAGUCUAAAAUCAUCUUGAUUGACAUUAUUAUUUAUCUGAUGCUUUCUUAUACUAGAACAGAAUAAAGAAGGAAGUCGUCCCAUUUAUUUCUCAUCUGGGCUGUUGAAGGCCAAUCAUUUCUACUUGUACUAGCAUCAUCUAAAUUACCUUCUUAUUUUUGGUUUUCUAGUUCAAAGGUUAAAUUGCUUUCUCAUAGAUGGAUGUGCUUUUCGUCUACUUUUAGCUGCAUUACGCAGAAGACGCCAGCGUAGCGUUUAAACCACUGCUAAUUGUUAUAUGGGUACUGUUUCAAGCAAAUCCCUGUUUUUGGACUGGGUACUGCAUUUUCCCUGUUUUGGGACUGGAUUGAUAGCUGAUGUUGUUUGGAUUACUCAGACGUAUUGAACACCAGAAAUCCCUUGCAAUACUGUGGGCAACGUUAUAACUAUGCAAGCUAUGUUUUUGGCUGCCAAAUCUUCAAUAUUUUGCAGUCUUGAUUCCCCAAUGGGUGUUCUUUUCUUAGUUACCAACUUGAAGUAUAGAUAGUCAAAGCUUCAGAUAAAUAACAUCUGAAAAGGGGAUAACAGAAGAGCCAUUUUGACCCUAGCGGCCUGAGAAUGCUGAUCAUCCAUCCUAACAUCAGUGGAGCCUGUGCUGGCAUGGCAAAUGCAAAGGCAGAUGGUGGGCAAUUAGCAGAUGGCAAGCCAGGUGAUUUUGGAUUACCCCAGCCCUUUGACAGAAUAGAAGUUGCAGAACCAUCUAUUCCUAUCUUUUGGAUUUUGGGAGCUGCGAGGAGGCGUGAUGGGCUCUUCAAGUUAUCAUCUGACAAGCUCUCUUCGUCAUCUUCAGAUUCCUCUUCUCCCUCCUUGUCAUCUUCUGGAGUUCCUUCAUAAUCCAAAUUAAAGAAGAGAGAAACCGUGGUCCAACUGCAAUGCUGGAUUCAGAAACACAACCCAUUGAGAAGGGAAGAAGAACAAGUCUUUCUAUUCGAUCCCUCAUAUCUCCAAGCUAUGGAGAACUCAGAAAUGCAUGCACAAGCAGAAUGCCAGGUGAUGGGGGUGCCAAGCAGGGAAGAGAAAGGUGGAUGGUUGUUGAGGAAAUGAAAUAGAAGAGAUUAAUUUGGUGGUGUGUUAUACAGCUUCAGCCUUUGUCGCUAAGUUAACAUGAUACUACGUAUAGAGAGUCAAAAUAUCUACUUUGAGUUGUAUGAAAAUGACAAGGAACGUGGAUAUUUCAUUAACAAGAAAAUGUUAGUUUGGGCAGUGAUGUAUGCUAUAACGCUCAAAAAAACUUUUGUGACUGUUUUCUUCUGUAUUUAGCUAUCAAUGGUGGGCUCUUGCUGUCACCUGCCUCUCUUAGAAGAGAAGCGACCAA